AUGACCGAAAUAGAUAUUGAAAGGAUUAUGUCACCACAUUAUUUUAUACCACACAAUUAUGUGCUUAAACCCGACAGUACCACCACCAAGUUACGUGUGGUAUUUGAUGCAUCAUCCAAAACAACAUCAGGACAAUCUCUCAAUGAUUUACUACACAUCGGACCAACUGUUCAAAGUGAAUUACUAUCUAUUUUAUUACGAUUCUGUCUUCCUCGUUAUGUGUUUACAACAGACAUUGAAAAGAUGUACCAACAAAUACUUGUACAUCCAAAAGACAGACAAUGUCAGCUUAUAGUUUGGAGAAAUGAACCAAGUCAACCUAUAAAGUACUUUGAACUCAACACAGUAACAUAUGGUACUAGAUCAGCACCGUAUCUAGCAACCAAAUGUUUGCAAGUUUUAGCUGAUGACAAUAUGCAAAAUUAUCCAUUAGGUGCAUCUGCUCUCAAACAAAACUUCUAUGUAGAUGACUGUUUACACGGGGCAGAUAGUCUGAGAACAUUGUUGGAAACUCAGAGUCAAUUAAACAAAAUACUGACAGCAAGCGGUUUUAAAUUGCGAAAAUGGUGCGCAAAUCAUACAAGUCUACUACAAGGAAUUCCACACGAUGACUUAGAAGUCAAUUUAGAUUUAGAAAAUAAUAACGAUACAACAAAAACUCUUGGGUUAUCCUGGUGUCCAAAAUCUGAUAGUUUAUGCGUCAAGGUUAAAUUGGAACCUGUUUGCAGCACGACGAAGCGCAGUGCAACCUCAGAUUUAGCAAGGUUAUUUGAUCCACUAGGACUUUUGUCACCAGUUGUGGUGAUGGCGAAGAUCUUUAUUCAAGAAUUAUGGAAUUUAAAGAUGGAUUGGGAUGAGAAACUGCCGACUGAAUUACAUAAACAGUGGUUAGAGUUCCGGAACAAUUUGACAAAAGUAAAUUGUCUGCAGAUAUCUCGUCAUAUUUUCAAAGGCGAAGUGUCGAAAUCAACACUUCAGAAUGGUCAAAUUAUUGUACGACUUUUGUGCGCCAAAUCUCGGGUUGCACCUUUGAAAAGGUUGACAUUACCUCGUCUCGAACCUCGUCAGUUGCGCCACGUCAGUUCGGAACACAAUCCAGCUGACAUUUUAUCAAGAGGCCUUGCACCCCAUAAACUACAGUCAUCAAGUAUGUGGUUUUAUGGACCUAUGUUCCUGCAUGGUCGGGAAGAACUAUGGCCUUCAAAACCAUCAUCAGCGUUAAAAUCCGAAACCCUCAUUGAUCCUGAACGGAAGAAGGAAACUCAAGUAUCUACAUUGUCUGCUGUUGAAGGCACAGCCAAUCCUGGAGAGUUCAUAUACUCAAUACGACACAACAACUCAUUUGGAAGACUUCAACGGAUAUUAUCGUAUAUAUUAAGAUUCGUAAAAAGAACCAGAAGAAAACAAAAUGAUCAUUCAAGCAAUUUUUUGACUCCAGAUGAUCUAGAUGCAGCACAUCAGGUCAUCAUCAUAAGUAUUCAAUAUGCAGAAUUUAAAAUUGAAAUCAAAAUUAUGAAAUCUGAUGGAAGAAUAAAUAAGUCCAGUGCAUUGGCAUCACUGGCACCUUUUAUUGAUAAUACGGGCAUCAUAAGAGUUGGUGGACGUUUGGAUGCAGCCUCAUUAUCGUAUGACACAAAACAUCCUAUGUUGUUGCCUUAUAACGACCCCAUUGUCAAAUUAAUAAUGGAACAAGUCCAUAAGAAAUACAUACACUGUGGUCCGCAGUCUCUCCUAGCUAACAUGCGUCAACGAUACUGGCCAAUUAAAGGCAAAUUGAUGGCAAGGUCAGUAGUACAACAUUGUGUACGUUGUACUAAAACUACGUCUCCCGGUUUAUAG